CAACACCCACUGGCGGUAGGCAGGCGUGUCCUCAGGAUGCCAUUGGUUUCAGGGCUCACUGGGUGGGACGUGCAGCCGCUCUUGUUGCUCAUUGGUUUUGUGAUUCCUUGGGUGGAACUUGGCGGGGCCUAAACUCCUUCUGCGGCCGGGUACACGUUUCAGGACAGCUGCCAUGCGAUCCGGGGGCCGCGGGCGGCCCCGGCAGCGGCUCGGCGAACGCGGGCUCCUAGAGUCACCCUCACUGCCCAAGCGCCGCCUGCUACCGCGGGUGCAGCCGUUGCCCCUGCUGCUGGCCGUGGCCGUGGGCUUCGCGCUCUACAUUAUCUGGAGCGGCUGGCACCGCGGGACGGAGGAGCUGUCAAGGGGUCGUGAGUUCCGGGCUCCGCUGGUUGGAAACCUCCCAGAAGCCAAGCUGCGGAAGGUGGUGGAUCAGCUGGAUCCGCAGCGGCUCUGGGUUACUUACCUGCGUCCUCUGUUGAUUGUGCGAACCCCAGGUAGCCCCGGCAAUCUUCAAGUCAGAAAGUUCCUGGAAUCCACGAUGCGGGCCCUGACAGCUGGCUGGCAUGUGGAGCUGGAUCCCUUCACAGCCUCAACACCUCUGGGACCACUGGACUUUGGGAAUGUGGUGGCUACGCUGGACCCAGGGGCUGCCCGUCACCUUACUCUCGCCUGCCAUUAUGACUCGAAGCUCUUUCCCCACGGAUCAGCCCCAUUUGUGGGAGCCACGGAUUCAGCUGUACCCUGUGCACUGCUACUAGAGCUGGCUCAGGCCCUUGAUCUGCUGCUGAGCAGGGCCAAACAGCAGGCAGCCCCAGUGACCCUACAACUGCUCUUCUUGGAUGGUGAAGAGGCACUGAAGGAGUGGGGACCCAAAGACUCCCUUUAUGGCUCCCGGCACCUAGCCCAGCUCAUGGCGUCUAUGCCCCACAGUCCUGGCCCCACCAGGAUCCAGGCCAUUGAGCUCUUCAUGCUGCUUGAUCUCCUGGGAGCCCCCAGCCCGACUUUCUACAGUCACUUCCCCCACACAGUCCGCUGGUUCCAUCGGCUGCGGAGCAUCGAGAAGCGUCUACACCGCUUGAACCUGCUGCAGGAUCACCCCUUAGAAGUGAUGUACUUCCAGCCUGGGGAGCCACCGGGCUCCGUGGAAGAUGACCACAUCCCCUUCCUCCGCAGAGGGGUCCCAGUGCUGCACCUCAUCGCCACGCCCUUCCCCUCUGUAUGGCACACGCCUGGCGACACGGAGGCCAACCUCCACCCACCUACCGUGCACAACCUCAGCCGAAUCUUGGCCGUGUUCCUGGCAGAAUACCUGGGGCUGUAGCCUGGGGCACGUUGCUCUGUGGGAGCUGUGCCCAGAGGGAUGCACCCAGGGUGCCUGGCGCCAGGGGAGUCAGACUGGGCCAAGCACAGGAGUGCUGGCUUCUCCUUUUCUACACCUCAGACUACUAGGAAUGACCCACUUUCAACUUUGGUCAAGCUGCCAUGCUUCAGGGACUUGGAACAUUGUGGAGGUGACAGCUAUAGAGUAAGAGCUUGGCCCUUUCCUGAGGUCCGAAGGUUUGCAGGGACCAAAUGCUGUGCUUUUAAUCAGCAAACUGCGAUGGCAUCUGGACCAGCAUCACUCAACUAAAAGAAUCUUCUGCCACUUAAAAGUUCGUGCAUCUGUUCAUGCUUCAGAACUACAGCCUAGCUACUGCACAACCUGGGUUCAGAAAUGGGUGCUUUCAGCAGUCCAGAUUAUGCCUCAGCCAGAGGGCUACAAAACAGUGUUUUGAGGGGAUUAGAGAUCCCAGUAGCAGGGUAAAACAUCAUUCAACAAGUCUCCUUACAGCAUUUGGAAAUUUUCCAGAGUCAGACAAAAUGCAGCAGUUCCCAUAGUAUUUCAUCAAGGAACCUUUGUAAGAACCUCGCAGAACUAGGCUACCACAAAAGAUAGUUUGAGAAACCCUCAUUUGGAAAGUUUGAGAAGCUUUCUGGCAGGAAUGGGUCAGAGCUAGAUUCACUGCAAAGCAGUAACCCUAAACCAUCCUUUCCUGUGGGUACAGCAAUGAGAUGGUGGCUGUACCUGCAAGGUCAGGGAGGAAUUUCUGCCAACCUGGCCUCCUCUUCUGGCUUAGCUGGGAGCUUAUAAGAAAUGGAGCUGGGGAUGUAGCUCAGCAGCACAGUGCCUGCCUGGUGAGUUUGAUUCCCAGUACCAAAAAAAAAAAAAAAAAAAAAGAAAUGGGAGACUUGAAAGUCUCACUCCAUAUUUAAUGAACCAGCACUUCAGGGAGGGCUGUGAAUCUGUAAUAAAUACCAAAGGGCAUGUUUUAACCACA